UGCGAUUCGGGUUUCUUCUCCUUCUCCUUCCUCAUCUUCUCUUCUUUCCUCUUACACAGAAUCGUCGCAUCCCGAACAUACAACAGUGUCAUCGCUCUUCGAGAUCGAGCCAAGCACCACCACACAAGCAGAACGACCGCCAGCUACGUGACCUGGACUUGACUCACCAUGGCAGCCAUGGAUGCGUCGCUGGUCUCUCCAGCGGCCAUUCAUGGCGCGUUGUACAACCACUUGGUGCUGCCCGCGAAACUACCGCACCAGCAAGAUUCCGACCAGCAAGCCGAGCUGGUCAGGAAGGCCCUCGCUGAGCGGAUGGCCGCCGCCGCCAAAGUCAUGUCCCAACUCCCGGAUAACGAGAAGCCAUCCCGGGAUGCCUGGGGACUGGUUAGUCAAAUGCUUCUGGCGUCCAACGACCUCUACCGAGGAGGCCGCAUUGAUAAAGCCAGCUUACUGCGCGAGCUCGAACUGCUUGGCCCCUCGGGCUGCAUUAUCCUCCAUAUCGAGACCCAGAAUGCUGGUCUCAUCAUACGCAGAGCCCAGGACUCAAUCUUUUAUGACAGCGUCAUCUUCGAGGCCUUCGAAGCCUCCGCCAAGAACGAAAACGUCCUCGCAGCAAAAAGCGCCCUGGUGUGGGACUUUCCUGGCAUUGCUGUCGCCGUCCCGUACAUCACCUUCGCCAAGUCCGACUUCCAGCUGAGCCUCGCCAACUUCAUCGAACAGGCGUCCCUGGAGACCGUCAAGGACUUUUCCGCCAUUGCUUUCAAAGCCGGCGCCACCGUCUUCGAGUAUCGCAACACCGGCGACCCUUCCAUCAUCACAUCCCUUCUGAUGGCUAUCCUUGAAGAAAAUGGUCGCAGAAUCGCCCCAAGACUCCUCAGAAAGCGUGUUCGUGAUGAUGUUUGCUGGGACCGUGCCAAGAAGCCCUGGCGCAGACUGCCCUGUUACCUCGUUCUCCGCGUCGCCAUCCAACGCUAUCUUGCGUCCGAGUUGGGUUAUCAGCAAGGCCAGUUGGAGUACAAGUUCUUCAUCGCCGUCGUCCUAGCCACCUUUCUUGACGCAAGCCUCUCUCACCUCGUUGGCGUGGAACAGCUUCAAUUUCUCCAGAAAAAGCUUUGCCGUCGGCUGGUCAAACUUGACGUGGACAAACAUCACUGCCAAGACAGCGAUGCUCUUGCACGAUACAGCUACCUGUUCAGCUCUCUCGGGCCCAAGUUCAACGGAGCUAUCGACAACUGCACGACACUCAUCCAGCGUGUACUGAAACAGCAAAGACUCUCACUGGUCAAGAAUAUUCCAAAGCUCCCGAAAAAGGCCUUCGGCCAGGAUCUUCGUCUCAGCUUGAGACUCAGCCAUGGCUACAUCAAGAGCGUCCUCCAGAGAUCCAAGGUUCCCACGAAGAAGCGCUAUCGAUACCUCCCGGACGAAGGCCCGGCCGAGGCUGCCAAAGAUCACCUCAGCAAAUACGCUCAGGAUUACCACAAGUUGAUCAACAAGGAGAUGGAGCUUGUCUCAUUGGCCGCGGAGAGUUGUGAGGAGGUCUCGCGUCAGAUCUUCGAUUAUGUUCAUGCAGCCAUGCCGAUGUAUGAAAACAAUCCCGAACAGAAAAGCUUGAUGUUGUUGACGGUCAUGGAGCUUUGGCAAAAGAUGGAUGCUAUUGCGUGCGAUUCCUUUCCCCUGCUCAGAGAGUACCACCCAGUCUUCCACCCCCAGAUGCUUGACGUUCUGCUUCUGCCGCAGUUCUCGGAAUUGGCGCGACUCGGUUUCCUCCAAACCCUUUUGUCAUCCCGUGUGGUGAGAGCCAAUUCCAGUCACCGCAACAUCUUUGAAGAUCCAUCACCCGGCUGCUUUGCCGAGCGCUACUAUAAUGAAUCAUCCGACGCUCCGCUCCUGAAAGGAAUUCAUGAAGAGAUCAUCGAAUUGGCCAACGACAUACGCGACAGAAAGGGAAAGGAAUGGAAGAAAAAGAGCCGCGAAUAUGAUGACUUGAUUAGUCGUAUCGACAGAAGUACCUGCGUUUACCUUGCCGAUGAGCGCGACUACCGUGGGCAAGAAGUGCAUGACCCUCGCUGUCCCCGCUGUUCAAUGAUGUGCACUGCACAGCACAUGCGCAUCACCACCUUCGAGGAGCCACUGCCCCUGGACUUGACUACCGCAAAGUCCGUCAUCUUCGAGCUGGCCUGCCCUAAGGAGUUUGCUAUUUAUCGAGACACAACAUGGUGGAUUCUCCGUCACCUGGCCACUCAUUUUGACGACGAAGGGAUCAAGCCGCGAUGUCUGCUGAGAGAUUACAUGCAGCUGAAGCCCUUUUUCCGCCAGAGUCACCGGAAAGUCGGUCUAGCCUCCACGACGAAACCCUUUCAAACAACUCAUUACACCUCUGUGCCCUUCCCCGUUGAAUGGGAUGGAGGCCGUCAUGGGGUUUGCAGACCCAACGCGUUGAAGCUCGGCUACUUCGAUGAACGUACCUCGACAUGGACCGGUCGCACCAGAUUCCGACCCUCUUUUGCUCACCACACUGCCUUGAUGUUGCCGAACAAGUCGCCUUGGAGCACACUUCUGGAAUCGAGAGCGUAUGCGCUUGACGGACCCGGGCCUUCUUCGUAUGAGAUUGUCGCGAGCCAAUCGACUUGUCCUGCCGGAGUCAACACUCACGAAUACCUCGCCAUGCAGUCGCUAAUGACGGGAAAAAGUCAACGCUGGAUCGUACUUCUUACUGAACUUGGCUCCACAAACUUGAAUUUCUCGAGCGAGGUCACGAUGCUUCUUGUCUCACAUUUGGUGCUUCAGAGCGGACCUGAGGACGAAAAGGGAGAUGUCCUUCGCCAGAUCCACAAAGUUUUCCGUGAUAGCCACUUCUGCGACCGUCUUCUCGAGCAGCUGUGCGCGAAGCUGGAUAGCCUUCAGGCCAACUGGCGAGAAACGUACCUGAUGGACGUGGUCAUCACCCUUCUUUUGCGGGCAUACGCGCUUACGGCUACGAACCCAGACGUCUCUCCGAGAGCUUUCAACGCAGUAAUCCGGGCUCGUGGGAUCUGCCUCCGCUGGGUGGAGAUGCUCCGAACAGAGACCUUCAAGGCCAGCGAUAACGAGGCCUCCCGGAGAUGCCAGCAAUACGCUCUAUGGGCCGCGAUCCUCUGCAAGCGCACAUAUGUUAUCCACGGCAGCCAAUUUGCUCUUUUGGACGACACUGCACUUCAGACGUACGUUGAGUGUUGCAUUACUGUCCAAGACAACUUGGUGGUCGAUGUCGGUGCGCUUCCUCUGGUUCUUCGGCAAGCAAUCAUCUCCGACCUGAAACUCUCGUAUCGACUGUCAUCCUUGGUACGCAAAUCCAUUAUCCAUUCUCCCGACACUUUCCGGACGGCAAUCAUGACUGUAUGGCCUGAAACCGAUGGUAGCCCUCGACAAAUAGCGUCCCUUCGAGAAGAACAGGCGGAGUGGAUAAUGUGCGAGAUCCACGGUCAUGAUGGAUGGGAUGCGCAUAUACAGAUGGUGCAGUAUAAUACUUGUACCGGUCUGCUUCUAGUCGAUGACCGUCCCCUUGGGAAACUCCCCAAGCCGCCCGAGCACACUGCCAUUCUCACGGAGCUAUUCGGAGAGCAAGCCUUGCUUACGCGACCGUCAGACAUGGCUGGUAUGGAUUACACUUUGACAGUGAAGCCCCGAGGCUACCGCAUCGAUAUCGGUUACGACACUGACUCCAUCGUUAUCCGUGCGACUAAAGGCCAGCAGUAUCUGCAGCUGAUCCAAAGGAAUGUGUUUUACUCCGACAACUCUUCCGAUCUCCCUGGCCCCCUUAUCGACAAUUGCUUUCAUUGGCUAGAUCUUCACAGCGGCAAAAUCUUCAUUUCGUUUGUCGCCGACAUCUGGAACAUUAGCCACCGAAACUGGACCAUCAAUGUCCAUCAGGAAACCUGCUCACGUCCUGGACACUACGGCGAAGACAGGCUAGUCGACACGUACAGUCCGCUGUUUAACCGUGUCGCGCGUAUCUUUGACGGGUUUGAGUUACGACGACAUUUACUUGUUUUCCAACCCGCAGCGAAGCACGUCCAAGUGGAGAUUAGACGAUUGCAACUCUUGUUUUAUGUAAACGCACGACAAGUUCUUGAGUCACCUCAACUGGGAUCCGAGAUCGACUCGGAUCAAGAUGCCGGAACCUGGUAUGGUUUGGAGAGCAAGCUGGUUUUGCGGAACCCCCGAGAUCCUCAGCAGAGAAGCAUUCUGGUUCCCCUUGGACUCCUCCAGGCAAAGCAAGAACGAGAUAGUAUGCUCGUGCGCAUACUUCCAAAUGGUGAAUACGGAAAAUUCGUCAUCAACAAACACUUGGGACGCAUCGAGUCCGCGCCGGAACCGCUGCUUCUCUACACGAAGGCCCAGCUUCACGCGUAUACGUCAUCCAUAUUUCCGGAUCCACUGACGGGACGAACUGGUACCGAGGAAGCACUCCAAUGGCUCUCCUCUGGAGUCUGUCAACCCUGGAUGCCGUUGCGACCUGGUCCGGUAAGAGUUCUUGUCAAGAUUGCUCAGCUCACGCCACGUCACGAGUAUUACCCUAAGGACCUGAAGGUUAUGAAGACUGAUCAUUGGGAUCCCAACUUGACCGAAAGUGUACAGCACGAGAGAUUUAGGCCCCUGGUCGAGCAGAUUCUCGCCAUAUCGGCCGAGCUACAGACUUUCGAUCUCCUUGAUACAGACCCCCGUAUCUUGCCGCUUGCUGGCGACAUGCACCUUCAUGACCGUUCCAUGAUCCGCAGACAGCUGAUGGAGCGCUAUUUCGACAAUAACACAGAUCAGUCAAAGCAUGUUGACCUUGAGUACGCGGCUCGAGACUGUAUCAAGCCAUCGAACGUCCGCCAUUGUCAGGUCCUCGAACUCAUUCAUUUCCUACGGACUUGGCCGGAGAAGCUGGCAACCACCAACGCUUUGGCGCAAAAGCUUUCCCAAAGUACCUUGGUCGGGGGAUACACAGAUACCUUUGAUAAGGUGUCACUCAACGACCGGCUGGGUCUCGAUGUUCCAUCCAAUUGGGGAUCUCUAGCCCGUUUAUGUCGAGAACAACAAAGUCCCUUUGUCCUCAUGUUUCUGCUGGCCCCCAUAUCAUAUGGUGUCGGAGUUGACAUGGGUAUUAUUAAAGCAUUGGCUGCGUUUGCUGUAUUCAAGGAGUUGAAGGCGAUUGACUUGCCCCCCUGGCCCUCGUACAACAAUUUCAAGCCUAAUCAAGCCCCUCAUCUUGACUAUCUAUUGCAAUUAAUCAGACCAUUCAAGACGCCGGCACCGAAAAAUGACAGCGAAGAAUUCCUCACGUUUGCCAGCGCCAAGCAGAUCCGACGCAUGAGAGCGGAGCAGGCGGCCUGGGAUCAGCGAGUGGAAGAUGAUUGCAAGUAUCUGGCCAACUUCUUGCUCUCACAGUGGCCUUCCGCCGAGCCACAAGUCGCCGAACUAUCCAAGUCUCUGUUGGUUGACAUUGAGGGCGCCCUGAAACUCGUCCGACCGGAAUGGAAACGCCUGUAUGAGAACAUGAACUUCUCGGUCCAUCUUGAUGCGGUUCAGACCGUGUUGAACGGGCACCAUUGCGACACCGAAUACGAGGUUCCUUGUUUCAUUCCAGCGGAAGAAACCUCCGAGGAACGCUUGAGAGGAGGAGAGAUACCGUCACUGAGAUUGGAUUUGUUGAAGCGAGGCUUUCCCGCUGUUGACGCAGCCAUCAUGGCGCAACCGCAGCCCAAGAUGGAGGAAACAGCCGCAACGAAGUCUGGUCAAUUGCCCGCUGCAGCCCACCACCCUGCCCAUAUUCAUCAACCCAUUCAGCUGCCAUCCUCACGCCUUCGCAGCGCCGGUACGAAUGUCCUUGCACCGAGCUGGAUGUCCUCCAAGACUACACUCAUCCCCUCGAAUGAUGCCACUUCAGAGUUAAGACGAAUAGUAUCGAACCUUGCAAAUAGCAAGUCAAUGGUGCGUCAGAGGUACGCAGGGGAUCUGGAACGAAGUCUUGAGGCCUUCAUUGCUCGAAAAUCCCCGAGGAACGCUAGUGGCAACCCAUCGCCAGUAUUUGUCUCCAAAGAAGUUUCUCUCUCUUUGCAGACUAUCCAGAGACGAUUUGCUGCUAUUCAAGCAGCUUUCGAGAAACCAGAUGCGUUUCUUUCAGCCCGGCGAGUGCGUUGGCUCAAGGCAGGACAGCUCUGGCCAGCGGUGACAACCGUCACCCUCCUCGAGCAGCUGCGAUCGACAGCAACGCCGGCUUUGUUUGGCAGCUCAGUUCGGGAGACGUUGAUUGACUUUGGCCUCGCUAUUACAAGCACACAGCGAGAUCUACGUAUCAAUCAUGCCACCAUGCGAGGCGAUGCCGGAAGGUACUUGGACGAGAUGGCGAACAAGGGGCACUCCAACUGGAACCCAUCCGAUCACCCUGACUGGUUGCUUCUAGAGAUUGAAGCAAAUCUGAUGAUACGGCCUGAUCAGGUCGACGUGGCUCUUGCCACCAUAUCUCCUGCUUCCGGAGCCAACUCGGUCCUCCAGAUGAACAUGGGACAAGGCAAGACAUCUUGUAUCAUCCCCAUGGUCGCUGCGGUACUUGCAAAUCGACAAAACCUGGUCCGAGUAGUUGUUCCCAAGGCUCUCUUGUUGCAGACUGCGCAGCUUCUCCAAGCGAGACUCGGGGGUCUGCUCGAUCGACAAGUCCGUCACAUUCCGUUCUCCCGCCGCACGCCUACACAGGAACACGUCAUCCGAGCAUACCACCGAGCCCACCGCAUGAUGAUGAAGCAAGCCGGGGUCAUGGUUUGCCAGCCAGAGCACAACUUGUCGUUCAUGUUGAGUGGCUUGCAACGUCUCCUCGACAACCGGAUGCCCGAAGCAGGGCCGAUGAUCAACGUUCAGACUUGGCUACGCACACGAUGCCGCGACAUCUUGGAUGAAUCCGAUUACACCCUUGCUGUGCGCACUCAGCUCAUUUACCCUUCUGGUUCUCAGAUGACUGUCGACGGACAUCCUCAUCGCUGGCGUAUCGCGCAGGACCUCUUGCGUCUUGUCGACCAUCACUGCUAUAGUCUGGCAAACGCGUUUCCCAAUUCAAUCGAGGUGGUGAGACGUGCCAAAGGUGGCUUUCCUCUCCUAUUCUUCCUGCGGUCUGAUGUCGAAGAGGCACUUGUUCAACGCCUUACCGCGGACGUGCUUCGAGGACUUGGAGGUAUUCUUCCUAUGCAGAACCUCGAUGCCGCCGAACGUCUGGCUGUCAGAGAUUUCCUUGUCAACGAGAGACCGCGCGACGCCACACUGCAACUUGUUCGUCGACUUUGUCCCGAUAGGCCCAGCGUGAGGCAGGCGAUCUACCUCCUUCGAGGCGUGCUCCUGAAUCGCAUUCUCAUGAUGACGCUGAAGAAGAGAUGGAAUGUUCAGUACGGACUGCACCCACUCAGGGACCCUAUUGCAGUGCCCUACCACGCGAAGGGCGUUCCUAGCGAGCAAUCUGAAUGGGGACACCCCGACGUGGCCAUCUUGUUCACCUGUCUGGCCUUUUACUACGACGGCAUCAGCAUUGCUCAGCUGACCCAAUCACUCGAGCACCUACUCAAAUCUGACGAUCCUUCAUCCGAGUAUGACAAGUGGAUUCUGACUAGCGAUGACUUUCCCGACUCUCUUCGAGCUUGGAACUCCAUCAACGUUGACGAUAGCCUCCAGCUUGAGGAUGUCUGGAGGGCCCUUCGAUACAACGUUGCCGCCAUUGACUACUUCAUGAACAACUUCGUCUUCCCGCAGCACGCCAAGCAGUUCAAGGUCAAGCUUCAGUCCAACGGAUGGGACAUUCCACUCUUCUCCGUUCACGGAAACGAACAACCGAGCGGAAGCCAAGAUUGCCAGGGGAUCGCCAGCGACACCUCUUUACCGUCCGCGCUGACGACAGGCUUCAGUGGCACCAAUGACAACCGAACCAUGCUACCAUUGACAAUCAAGCAGGAAGACCUUUCGGGACUCUCGCACACGAACGCCGAAGUUCUGACGUACCUUCUCCACGAUCGAUCCCGUGAGUGCCGAAAGAUUGUUGGGCCCCGCGGUGCGAGAGCAAGCGAAUCAGAUUUGUUGCACGAGUUGAAGUGUUGCAAGAUUAAAAUUCUCAUCGACGCAGGCGCUCAAAUCUUGGAGAUGGACAAUGAGACUCUUGCAAAGCAGUGGCUCACUGUUGACCAAUCAGCGCUCGCCGCUCUAUUCUUCGACAAAAGCAACAAACCGACGAUCAUUCAGCGGUCGGGAAGAAUCACGCCUCUUCUGGGCUCCCCGUACGCGGAUGACCUCAGCAGAUGCUUGGUCUACUUGGAUGAGGCUCAUACCAGAGGAACUGAUCUGAAGUUCCCCCCAUCAGCCAGAGGCGCUCUAACCCUCGGGUUGGGCCAAAGCAAAGACCACACUGUGCAAGCCGCCAUGCGAUUGAGACAGCUAGGCACGACCCAAUCCGUGACUUUCUUUGCCCCUCCUGAAGUCUAUCAAAGCAUCCUUGACCUCCGGAAGAAGCCACUUGGAGCCAUGAUAGAUUCACACGACGUAAUUUACUGGCUUCUCGACAAUACGUGUGAAGGAAUCGAACAGCUGCAGCCUCUCUACUACUCUCAAGGAAUCGACUUUUGCCGUCGAAUACAGGCGACAAUCGACAACCCAGACUUCGUCACGAACAAGUGUCAGCGAGACCAGUUUAUCGCCACCAUCAAGCAAGACGAGCAGCACAGCCUUCAGCAGCUUUACGAGCCGAAACGCAAGGCCAAGGGAGCCAGUGACUUGAGUACAGGGUCGCAUGUCAAGAUCAAAUCGUUCGUCAAGGAACUCAACACAAGACGCAGGGCUUUCCAGGAUACUGGACGGGCAGUGCAUGCAUCCGCGCUGCAGGAGGUUGAGCAGGAACGCGAAAUUGCAUUCGAGGUCGAGACGGUCCGCCAAGUCAAGAAGCCGCACCAUUACCCUGCGCUCUCGUUCCCAGGGUUGCAUCCGGAAGUCGAGUCUUUCGCGAAAACGGGCAGAAUCCCCGCUGGAGCACUCACGUUCAUCCCAGCUAUCAAGUCUCUGUCCAAGACGGCCAUUGGGAAAAAGUUUAGGGUCUCGGACAAAUCUUCGCAGCAAAAGCUGUUCGUGUCUGCCGAGUUUGAGCGAACGGUCAAACUCAACUUUGACCUGACAAGUGACAACUUUUUGCGCAAUGUGAGCUGGAUACUCUGGUCUCAAGUCACCGAAGUCGCUUUGAUUGUCGUGCCUGAAGAAGCAGAGGCCCUCCUGUCCAUUAUACGGGAUGCAAAUUUUACCGGCGCCACGAACCUGAUUGUGUACUCUGCACCCGUCACCCGCAAGAUGCUCCAUUUCAGCGAUCUCAAAUAUUACAGCGUCCCGACCUUGCCAACCGAAUGGCGGGCUCCGAGCUGGUUGAAGAUCGAGCUGGGCCUCUACGCAGGCCGGCUGUACUUCGAGUGGUCUGAGUACGACCAGCUCUGCGACUUCCUCGGCAUCGACCAAUCGUUGCCGCUACUGGAAUACUUGGAGGGAGAGGGUUCCGAAAGCGACUCGGCAGACAACCAACACAGCAGCGGGGCCAAAUCAGCUGCCGCUGGCCUCACCACUCGGCCUCUGUCUUUUGUACAGGAGUGGAUUGCUUCCCGCCGUAGGGGCCAGGACUUUCUGUCUACUCCCAUGGGGUUCAUUGCGCAGGGUAAAAUUCUACAAGAAAACCACCCCUUCUUCCGGCAGGCGACGACGGUGACACGGGACAUUCUAUUCGCCCCGAUUCACAAGAGCAGUGAUGACCAGGCGAACGAAGAUGUCUAUGCGGUGGCCGACUACGGCGUGGACGACAUGGGAGCCAACGAAGAGGCUGAUAGCGACGCCCACGAGGAUCAAAUCGAGUACAACGACUCGGAGUAUGACGACUCUGGGGAUGAGGGUCUGGAUGCAGGCGGCUCCUCAAAGGAGUAGAGGGUGGCUAUGAGAAGGGGAGUCACAAUGAGGUGCGUUGCGGGCGGAAAGUGAUGUGAGGGAUGGCAUAUUCUGCUUUCAAUCUUGUUUCCCGUCCCCGGCGGCCACAGGCCAUGUUGGAUGAUUGGUUUU